AUGCAACAGCAGCGCUGUGCCUUCACCUCCUUGCCUCAAACAUGGAAGCAGACACUGAACCCAUCUUCUGUUGUCCACCUGACCAUCUUCUCUCCUCAUCAUGGUCACAUUAUCCCAACUUCAGCUCCACGACCCCUACAUGGCCUCCUGAGAUCCCUCCUGGGCCUCCUGGCCUUCCUGUUUUUACUACCCCACCCAGUACAGGCAGCAUGGUUUAAGGUUGGGGUGGUGGGACCAUGGGGGUGUGACCCUCUUUUUGCCAAGGCCCUUCCUAAUGUGGCAGCACAGCUUGCCGUCAAUCGCAUCAACAGAGACCCGUCAUUGGCCUACGCUGCAACGUUCAGCUAUGCUGUGCUGCAGGAACCUUGUGAAACAUCAAGAGCGUUGGAGGCAUUUGUGGGUUUUGACACCAAGGCCUCUGGGUACAUUGGACCAGCCAACCCAGGGUACUGUGAUGCUGCUUCAAUGCUAAGCAAAGGCUGGAACAAACCAUUGUUUCCUUGGGGUUGUGUUGGCUAUGAGCUGGAUGAUGUUCGUAGCCAUCCAACUUUUGCACGAUCCAUGGCUAGGCCCACGUCAGUGCUACACAGCAUCAUGAGUUACUUCAGAUGGGCUCAUAUUGGCAUCAUCUCUUCCUCAGAGGACAUCUGGGUGGAUACAGCUACCAAGGUGGCUGAGUCCUUGAGAAGCCAUGGUAUGCCCGUCAGACUGGUCAGUUUUAUGGAGAACACACCUCAUGGCAUUAGACGAACUCUAGCAAAAGUUCGCAAGAUGCGAGAAAUUCGAGUUGUGAUUCUCUGCAUGCACUCAGUGCUGAUUGGUGGCUCUGUCCAGAAGCUCUUUUUGGAAACAGCCUACGACAUGCAGAUGAUCGAUGGCUCGCUGGUGUUUUUGCCCUAUGAUACUCUGCUCUACAGCCUGCCUUACCUCAAUGUGACCUACCCAGCUCUGAAGAGCAACAGCAAAUUGUUGCGGGCUUACGAUGCCGUGCUCACUGUCACCAUUGACUCCCCUCAGUUCUCAUUCUAUGAGGCCUACAGAGAGGCCAUGGAGAGGGGCGAAGUGUUGAGGACACUGAAACCUCAACAGGUGUCUCCUCUGUUUGGAACCAUUUACAACUCAGUUCUGUUCAUGGCUCAUGCAGUGCAUCGUGUUCGGGAGUCUGGAGAAUGGGUGUCUGGUGGAAAUCUGGCACAACAAACCCGUAACCUGGACUUCCAGGGCUUCAGUCACCCUAUAAAAACCAGCAGCACUGGAGCAGCUCAGCUGGACUACCUCAUACUGGACACAAAUGGAUUCUCCGCACGUAUGAUGCCAACGUACAGGAUUGACAUGGAGAUGGGAAUGGUUCGCUUCUUGGGUCAAGACAUUCACUUCCCACAAGGUUAUGGACCCAGAAGGGAUUCUGCCUGCUGGUUUACCCCUGGAGUCAUCUGCUCAGGGGGUGUGGACCUGUUCUUGACCUUUGGCUUGUUUUUUGGUUCGGUUGCAGCCUCUGUUUGUGCUGUGGCUCUUUUGUAUUGUAUCAGGCGGCGAAUCAAUCAGAUUCGUCUGGUCAGAGGUCCCAACAAGAUCUUGCUGACUCUUGCAGAUGUCACAUUCAUUAACCCAUCACUUAGCAACAAGAAGCUGAGUCUGGAUGACAGCAGGACCAGCGGUGCGAGGAGUGUGUCUGAAACCAGUGUAAACACACCAGUAUCUGUCCAGUCCCCAGCCACUUAUGAGAACUCCAAUGUUGUCAUUUUUGAGGGGGACUGGGCAUGGCUUAAAAGACUUCCCAAUGGACAGUUUGGCAGGAUAAACCCCAAAACCAGUGAUGUGUUUGAACUGAUGAAAGAUAUGCGCCAUGAGAAUGUCAACCCUUUCCUCGGCUUCUUUCACGACUGUGGCGUGUUCGCCAUCGUGACAGAGUUUUGCUCCAGAGGCAGUUUGGAGGAUCUGCUUCUGAAUGAAGAUGUCAAACUUGACUGGAUGUUUAAGUCGUCCCUGUUAUUGGAUCUAAUUAAGGGUAUGAAGUACCUCCAUCACCGCGGAGUGUCACACACCCGCCUGAAGUCUCGUAACUGUGUAGUGGAUGGGCGUUUUGUACUCAAAUUAACAGACUAUGGCUACAACGAGGUCCUCGAAUCUCAGAGGUUCCCCCACAUCGAAGCACGUCCAGAUGAGCUGCUGUGGACAGCCCCAGAGAUCCUGAGGAAUGGGCAUCCAGGGCUUCAUGGGACUUUACCGGGUGAUGUUUAUAGCUUUGCCAUCAUCAUGCAGGAGGUUGUGAUAAGAGGACCUCCGUUCUGCAUGUUGGACCUCUCAGAUGCAGAAAUAAUUGAGAAGAUACGUAAGCCUCCUCCUCUGUGUCGUCCGGUGGUGAGUCCAGACUACGCUCCAAUGGAGUGCAUCCAGCUGAUGAAACAGUGCUGGAACGAACAGCCAGACAAGAGGCCGAGCUUUGAUGAGAUCUUUGACCAGUUCAAAAACAUUAACAAGGGGAAGAAGACCAACAUCAUAGACUCUAUGCUUCGGAUGCUGGAGCAGUACUCGUCCAACCUAGAGGAACUGAUCAGAGAGCGAACAGAGGAGCUGGAGAUAGAGAAACAGAAGACAGAGAAACUGCUAACUCAAAUGCUGCCUCCGUCUGUUGCUGAGGCCUUGAUGGAUGGCGGGACAGUGGAACCAGAAUAUUUUGACAACGUGUCACUCUAUUUCAGUGACAUUGUCGGCUUCACCACCAUCUCAGCCAACAGUGAGCCCAUUGAGGUGGUUGACCUCCUAAAUGACCUCUACACUCUCUUCGAUGCCAUCAUAGGAAACCAUGAUGUCUACAAGGUGGAAACCAUUGGUGAUGCCUACAUGGUGGCUUCAGGUGUUCCGGUCCCUAACGGCAACCGUCACGCUGCAGAAAUAGCUAACAUGUCUCUUGACAUCCUUAGUGCUGUGGGAACGUUUAAAAUGAGACACAUGCCUGACGUUCCCGUCAGGAUACGUAUAGGACUGCAUACAGGUCCAUGUGUAACAGGUGUGGUGGGUCUAACAAUGCCCCGCUACUGUUUGUUUGGAGACACAGUGACCACUGCCUCUCGUAUGGAAUCCAGUGGGCUGCCCUACAGGAUCCACGUCCAUGAGAGUACGGUGAAAAUCCUUCGGGAACUUAAUUCUGGUUACAAGCUGGAGUUGAGAGGCACGAAAGAAAUCAAGGGAAAAGGAAAAGAGGAGACAUACUGGCUUGUUGGGAGAGACGGGUUUACCAAACCUCUGCCUGUUCCUCCAGAACUUAAGUCUGGAAUGAAAAAUUCGCGGGACAUGAAGCAGGUGUUUCAUAAGGCUGUGAAGAAGAUCUCUCAUGUUCGCGUCGUGACUCAGCUCUACAUGCCAGAGGACGAUGACAAUGUCAUGAUGACACACCACUGACUGGACUGGAGCUCUGGCUGGACUUUUCUUAAAAACACAGCUCACAAGCACUGUAAUAAACCUCCACUGAUGUCUCCAUACAGAACUCUGAUCAUCCAAUAAGAAGGAAGGAGGAGGAGGGAUGGUGAAAGUGUUAGCUGAGAUUAACAGCAGUCACUUUGUGUGCACAUUCCUGUGUAUUAACAGCUUGAGCUGAGGCAAUGAAUGCUAAUGCGGAACUAUCUAUAGAGGCCGACAAAUAGUGACUCAGCAAAACAGGGACCUGCAGAAAGUGUUUGUCAGCAGCAGAGGAACACAGCUAAUCCCCCUCGUCCACUCCCUCCUCCUCUUUCUAAGUUUCUUGUAGGAGGUGAAUCAGGAGUAGGUUUUAUGCUGCUCACUAUUAUUAUAGAAAGAAAAGCCAUAAUAAAUACACUAUUUUUGGAAUGUAUAUUUGUAGGUGUAAACAGUAGAGAGAUGCCUAGAAGUGAGUAGACUAAAGUCAUUAAUCAUUAAUGACAAUCUGUCAUUUUUCACUGGAAACAGGAAAGACAAAACAAUGCUACCCUUAUGUUUAUGUGUAUUACAACUAAAAAACAGCACAAGAUUGAACCAAAUGAUAGUGGUGCACAAUGUCAGAAUGUGCAGUAAGCAGCC